UUUUCUUCUUUCUUGAUUUUCAAGCCCCUUAUGCUCCCUAUUUCACAUUGCAAUUAAGAACCUUUCUAUUUUUCUUCUUGUUUUCUUUUCUUUUUUUGUUUCUAGGUUUAAGGAAAUCUAAUAGCUCAAAGGGUUUAGUACAUUGACCUGUUCUUUCUCUUGGAAAGAAUAUGAAGGAGAGUGGUAGAAAACAAGGUGCAAUGUCGCCAUGUGCAGCAUGCAAGCUUCUUCGAAGAAGAUGCUCCCGGGAUUGUGUAUUUGCUCCUUAUUUUCCUGCAGAUGAACCCCAGAAGUUUGGUAGUGUGCACAAGGUUUUUGGGGCUAGCAAUGUGAACAAAAUGUUACAGGAAUUACCAGAGCAUCAAAGAAGUGAUGCUGUUAGUUCUAUGGUAUAUGAAGCCAAUGCUAGGGUGAGGGACCCAGUGUAUGGAUGUGUGGGAGCCAUAUCUUCUCUUCAACAACAAGUUGAUGUGCUUCAAACACAAUUAGCACUGGCACAAGCAGAAGUUGUGCACAUGAGAAUGCGCCAAUUGUCAACACCAUCAGAUCAACAACCACCAUCAAUGCCUCCUGAAGCCUCCAAUUCAUCAUCAGAACACUUAUAUCAAUCAAGCAGGCUCUUGUCUUCACAAACCAAGUCCCUUUUUGGCAUGGACAUGGUCGUUGAUCAGGCCAACAUGGGCCAAUCCUUGUGGUUAUACUAGCUUAGCAUAUGGAGUGCAUAUAUAUUAUUGGCAUGCAUGCAUGCCCUCACUUUAUUUAUUUUCUUAUGAUUAUUACUAUCAUGGGCUUGCUUUAUUGUCUGCCUCAUUAGUACCUUUUGUGCUUUGUAUCUCACUUUU